CUCACCAGAUCUCUUCGCCACUACAACCCACCGUGUCAACUCUCGUUCAAUCACCAGCGAUUAAGCGUGUCUCUCCUAAUACCAAAACGCUACCGUUUUGCUCUUUUAUUUCUCUAUGGAUUGCAAGAAGCGAGUUCGGGAUGACUCGGACGAGUCAGUUCUGGAAUCGCCCGAGGCGAAGCGACUCAGGGACGAUUUACUCGAGUUCUUCGACGACGCCGACGACGCACCUUCCUCUCAGGACCUUGACUCCGUCAUGAAGAGCCUGCAGGAGGAGAUUUCCGGCGUGGCCUCAGAUUCCGGCGAGUCUCAGGCGCAGAUCGGGUACCUUCUGGAGGCCUCCGACGACGAGCUAGGUCUUCCACCCGCCGGAAACUCGUCGGCGCCGGAGGAGAAGAACGUGGAGACCGAGUUGGUCCGAGUCGCGUCUGACUCGUCCGGAAUCGGCGAGUUGUGGGAGUUUGAGGAACAGAUUCCGAGAUACGACUCGUUUGAUUUGGGAAUGGGAUUUGGCUAUGAGUGUGAUACGACCGAAUACGCUGCGUUUGGUGGACUUUUCGAUCAUUCGGAUUUGUAUUAUGACUCGUGGCGGCACGAGACCUUGCCAACACAAUAGAAGAUUUAAUGAAAACAAAAGGAAAAAAAGGGUUUUAGAGAUGUAAAUAUUUUCUUCUCUCUCAGCUUUUUGUUUUUUUUUUUGUUCCCUUCUCUUGAUGAAGGGAAUUACAGAAGAAAGAUUAUAAAGCAGGACAUAGGAUAACAAGAUGCAAAGGAAAUUGCUUCUUUAUAUAUUUAUAUUUUAAUAUUUUAUAUUAUUAAGGGAAUGCUUCUGGCUAGAAA